AUGCAGCAAUUUAUGUCUGCAAUAGGUCGUAAACUGUGCAUUAUUAAUCUUGAUCCAGCGAACGAUGCAUUACCAUACCCUGAUUGUUCGUUAGAUAUACGAGAUUUUGUUACCUUAGAAGAAAUAAUGGAGGAGCUAAAUCUAGGUCCAAAUGGCGGCUUGAUGUAUGCAUUAGAGAGUUUGGAUGAGAGUGGAAUAGAUGCAUUCAUAAGUAAAAUCAAUGAAUUAGUCGAAGAGCGAAACUAUCUAAUAUUUGAUUGUCCUGGUCAAGUUGAGUUAUUCACGCAUCAUAACUCAUUGUACAAGAUAUUUAAGAAGUUAGUGAAGUCCAAGGAUUUGAGGUUGUGUGUUGUUUCAUUAGUGGAUUCUAUAUAUCUCACCAGCCCAUCACAAUACAUCUCGAUUUUACUUUUGAGUUUAAGAUCUAUGUUGCAGUUAGAUUUACCUCACGUAAAUGUGGUAUCGAAAAUUGAUAUGUUGAAAAGAUAUGGCGAAUUGCCAUUUAGGUUGGAUUAUUAUACUGAAGUCCAGGAUCUAAAAUAUCUUACACCAUAUUUAGAGAAGGAAUCUAAUUCGGUGCUAGGUAAAAACUAUGUGAGAUUAACAGAGAUGAUAGGAGAGCUAGUCGAGGAUUUUAAUUUGGUAGCAUUUGAAGUGUUGGCAGUAGAGAACAAACAGUCUAUGAUAAAUCUAUUAAGUGUUAUUGACAAAGCAAAUGGCUAUAGUCUUGGUACCAGCGAGGUUGGUGCCGAUUCAAUUUGGAGUGAAGCAGUAAGACAGGGUACUUUACCGGGUUAUAAGGAGAUAGACAUACACGAAAGAUGGAUUGAACAUAAAUUUGAGUACGAUGAGCAAGAGAGAAAGGACGAACAAGAAAUGUCCAAUCAAUAUGCUCAAGAUUCAUCACAACAAGAAUUAACGGAAGAUGAAGAAUUGGAAUUAGCGAUAAAAGACUGGGAAUCUAAAAGACAAGGGGCAGGGAAAUCUCAGAUUUGA